GCAGCUUGACACCAUCGGAAGUCUAUAAGUACCGAGAUUGUAUGAUACCCUUCACGUGGGGCAGUUGAACAGCAAAUGGCAGGAGCUCGGGUUGUUGCGUACGUCUUUACGGAAGAUCUUAUCAUCCUGAGAAAAGCUGACAUGAAUUGAAGAUGCGGAGUGGUGCCUCCAUUACCAAGUGGCCUUCGAUUUCUGGCACCGCGGCUAUCUCAAAUAUGUAGAGGAACUCAUACACUUUCUCGUACCCUAUUGGACCAGUUUCGCGGCUGAAUCGAGCGACCCGUCCUCCCCCUACGCCGGCAUCCCAUCCAUAUUCUUAGAUGAAACGUAUAUUCACUCCAGUGGGGAGACACGGAAGAAUCCGUUGAAAUAUGCACUCACCUUGAACGGGGAGAACAAGUCAGGUGCCUCUCAAUACGUAGAAGCGUUAUUCAGAGCUGGUGGGCGGCCGUAACAAUCCAGUGUGGGAGAAAAAGGUAUCCUUAUUUGCCCUAUUUCACCGACAAAUCGCCACAGCAUUCAGUCAAGAGGAGUUUUUCUCUUCGAGAAGGUCACGGUUAUCCACGGGGCAAUAUACCCGAAUUUUCAGAGAACUAGCCCGAUAGCCUGUAUCCCCAAGGCUGCCCAGCAAUAUAUUGAUGGUCUCUUUGAACAGGUCAAUGAUAACCAAAAACCCAGCUACGAUGCUGAACACUGACCAUUCACACCAGGCGGAUAUCUCCUAUACCGCCUUCGAUCCGAUCUUCCUCAGCUAUCAUGCGAAUAUGGACCGGAUUUCAGAAAUGUCCAUUCGGACAGGUCGUGCGCGCCAGUUCUCGUCGAACUUCCCCCUUCGUCAGUUCGUGGACAGCGCGGCGGCUGUUUUCUACGAUGACCCCCGCGAAUACCGGUAUACGACGUUGGGGGACAUGGCAAAGCCCAUUCAGGCCAUGCAAUACGUAUAUGCCCGGCAGCGCCCGACUUCUUGCCCAUCACUCAGAUAGAGAAGAAGAGCGCGGCUGUACCGUCCGGUGGAACCGCAGUGUUUGUGCCCUCCCCGGAUCAGAUAGCUCGGCUUAACUCUACGAUGACGCAAGAUGAUGUGGGAUCAGCAAGAGGAUACAACAUAUAUCAUUUUUUGGGGGGUAUCAUGCCUCCAGAAAACCCAUUAUAUCGACGUUUUCUUCCUCAGAGCCGCAUCGUUGGGCCCCGAUGUCGCGAGGAAUCCGGCUUACAUUGGAUGAGUUACGAGGCUCGGGAUGGGAAAGGGAAGAGGCAAGAAGACUGGAAUUUGUAAUCCUCAACAGUGCCAAAAGAAACCCGUCACGAGGAUCCUGGUCGCUACGCAUGCUGCGAAAAGGUUGCGAAGCGAAGGGAGGAUCCAACAGGUUGUUACGGAAGUCAGAACGGGGAAGCUUCCUGACGAAAGUCUGUGGAGUAAGAUACCUGGUUUC